GCCCAAUAUUGAACCUUCUUCUACCUUCAUCGUGUGUUGAGCAACUAAAAAGGCGAAAAUGGCGUCUACAGUAGCCAAGCUUAGAAGCAGCCCCAAUUUCAUCAAUGGCAUUCGAAGAUUUUCCCACGCAAUACCCAUACCGCCGCCACUUGAUAACACUGUUAAUCACCCGACAGUUUCAUCACCAUCGUUGGUUUUACCUGAACACGACAACAUCAACAACAACAUAGGAUUUAUGUUCCCAAAUUCACCCUUUCUUGGAGGAUCUAUGGAACUCAUGGCUGUUCCUAAGAAAAAGACUUCCCCUCAUAAGAGAGGCAUAAGAAAUGGACCAAAGGCUCUAAAACCAGUGCCAGUGAUUAUGCGAUGCAAGGUCUGCGGUCGAGUCAAAUUACCACAUUUCUUUUGCUGCAGUGGAAUUAAGCCUGGUGAUGAGAAUAGUUCCAACAGUUGAUCAACUUGAAGUGGAGCAUCCAACAUAAUUUCUGUCAAUUUCAACUUUGUUGUUCUGGUAGUACCUUUUUUUGUUUGAAAGAAUGAAGGUUAAAUAUGCACCAUGGCUGCACAAUAGCAUAGGCCUCUUGCUGAAGAACCUGUUUUGCAUGUUUAAUCAGCACUAUAUUAGCUGUAUUUCUUCUAAGUUUUCCCUUUGAUUGUUGAUGACGAGUAGUUCUUGAAAAUCACAAAGCAUAAGAAUUCAGAGACUAGAGCACGUAGCUCUUUCACAUUCACUCUGGAACAAAAGUUCCUGAUGCCCCCCUGAGCGAACAAGCAAGAACUUAUUACAUCAAGAUCGUCUGUUCUCCGUGUCUAUCAGAACUGUUCGUGUACUUUGUGAAGUUGCACCGUCAGUAUGAAAGUUUCAUAUCUGUAGCAUGCUCAUCACUUUUAGUUUCUUCA